CUCCUCCUCUCCCACCGCCUCGCCUCCACCGUCGUCGUCGCCCACGUCCGGGGGCCGAAACCUCUGUCCUCGACGGGCGGGCGGAGGAGGCGGUCGUUAGGCUCUGCUGCCGCGGGCCGCUGCCCAGAGCGCCGCGAUGCCUAGAGGGGCCGCGCUGGCCCGGGGCUGCCACUGCCAGGCCGCACCAUGAAGCUCCGCAGCAAGACUGCUGUGCUGCUUCUGCUCGCACUGUCAGCGCUGCUGCUCGUGCUGCUGACCCUGCGCACUAGCCGUAGGAAACCCCCAGCGCCUCCUGUGCAUCUGGCGUCUGCCCUACAGCGUCCCCAGCCUCAGGCCCCUGCGUUCAUCCUUAGUGAAGGCACCUUCACCCUAGAGGGGCAAAGCGCUCAAAGGCGCCGGCCGCUGCAUCCGCGCCCCCGAGCCGGCAGCCGGGACGCAGCGAGCCUGGAAAAGUUGGCGAGGAGGCCUGGAGAACCCAGGAGUUCUCAUGCUGUGCUGCCACCCAAGCUUUGGAUCCACCUGGCUGUGGUGGCCUGUGGCAGUCGGUUAGAGGAGACGCUGGUCAUGCUAAAAUCAGCUGUGCUUUUUAGCCACAGGAAAAUGCAAUUCCACAUUUUCACAGAAGAAUCACUGAAGUCCGAGUUUGAUAAGCAGUUACGACAGUGGCCUGAUUCAUAUACGAAGAAGUUUGAGCACAGAAUCUACCCCAUCACAUUUUCAGUGGGAAACUCUCAAGAAUGGAUGAAAUUAUUCAAACCCUGUGCUGCCCAGAGACUCUUUCUUCCGGUGAUUUUAAAGGAUGUGGACUCACUUCUCUAUGUGGACACUGAUGUUCUCUUUCUGAGACCUGUUGAUGACAUCUGGAAAUUUCUGAGGCAGUUUAAUUCUACCCAGCUUGCAGCCAUGGCCCCAGAGCAUGAAAUCCCUAAAAUUGGCUGGUACAGCCGCUUUGCUCAACACCCUUUCUAUGGCUCUACAGGAAUUAAUUCAGGAGUCAUGCUAAUGAAUUUAACUCGUAUAAGAACUGCCCAAUUCAAGAAUAGCGUGAUUCCAACAGGCUUAGCUUGGGAGGACAUGUUGUAUCCUCUGUACCAGAAGUACAAGAAUGUCAUCACAUGGGGAGACCAGGAUUUAUUAAAUAUUAUUUUUUACUUCAAUCCAGAGUGUCUCUACGUGUUCCCCUGCCAGUGGAACUACCGUCCUGAUCACUGUAUGUAUGGAAGCAACUGCAAAGGGGCUGAGCUUGAAGGUGUGUCUGUUCUGCAUGGAAACCGAGGUGUCUAUCAUGAUGAUAAGCAGCCAACUUUCAAAGCACUCUAUGAAGCAAUACGGGAUUUUCCCUUUCAAGAUAAUCUCUUUCAAUCCAUUUAUUACCCUCUUCAGCUAAAGUUUUUGGAAACUGUGCAUACUUUAUGUGGACGAAUCCCACAAGUUUUUCUGAAGCAAAUUGAGAAAACAAUGAAAAGGGCUUAUGAGAAGCAUGUCAUCAUCCACAUUGGUUCCAACCAGAUGUACUGAAUGUUUCAUCUUAUUGCAAAUCAACUAGGCAUCUCAUGAAUGAAGAAAUAGUCAUCUUUAAGCUGCCUGGAUCUUCUUUGUGUGAAUAUUAAAUGGUGCUCCAUGAAAACUGAGUUUUAAAAGCCUUGUCAAAUAUUGCUAAAUUAGUUGCCCCUAUAAGUAAAUAGGCUUUAUUUUUUCUAAAUGUUAUUUAUCUUUCUAUUUUUUAAUAUAUAUAUAUAUAUAAUUACUCAUUUAUCAUUGUUCAAGCAGGUUGAGCUAGCGGUGAAAAGAAAAUUUUGUCAGCCUUUCAAUUUCUGUUCAAUGUCUGAGACAAUAUCAGUGGAGUUGUGAUAUAUUUAUAUUGUAUUCCUUCAAGUCUUUCUAUCCAGUCAGCUUACCCACACCUUUGUAAUCAAAGUAAUGCAUGCUCAUUGUAAAAAAAAAUUUAAAAAUUUAUCAAGAAUAUAGUUCAUUGAACCAAAAUCAAGAUUAGAUUAGCCAUAAUCCUACUGACCAGUGAAAAAGAUUGUUAUUUUAAUAUAGUUUCUUCUAGGUUUUUUCCCUAUUUCUAGAUUUACUUGCUUGUUGUGUUUUCCACUGUAACACAUAUCUGAAAUAGGUAGUUUGAGUUAAAGCUGCCCCCAUGCAGAGAUUUUUAUGUAGGAGACUAACAAGGUAGACAAAAAUGAUUAUGUUUACAGUACUUUAUUUAAAAUACACCUGGGAGAAGCAUUCAGAUUUCCGCUAAAUGGGCGGUGUUAAAUAAUGAAGCAUAUCUGAGAGUGUUUCUCUAAGAAAACUUGUUUAGAUCUGUAGAAGACUAAAUCAUAAGAAAUGUCUAUGCAACCAGAGCCCGUGGAAGACAAUUGAGUAAUUGUGUUACACCUAAGAGGUUUGUUUAGCAAAGAGAUAGAAUUUUGUGUUUGCCCACAGACAAAAACAUUUUAUCUCUUACAUCAUCAGUAGGCAUGACCUCCUCUCUUUAAACUCUUGGGCAACUUUGAAUUUAAUCUGUACAACAUAAAUGGUUCAGCUAAUUCAUUGGCCAGAAAAUUCAGCUGCCUACCAGCCUUAGAAAGGUCUCUUUAAUUUUUUUUUUCCUCUGGGGUUACCCAGCAUUUAGCAUAAGAAUGAGGCAGGUCUUAUCACCUAGUUAUAGUAUGGGAAGUUCUGUAUUCUAUUCCCCAAAGGGAUCUGACUUGAUCCUAGUUACUCAUGUAGCUGGUGUCAGCAUAAGGGUGUUUUGCAUAAUGCUUUAUUUACUUCAAAAAACUUGGACAUAAAUGAUCUCCUUGAUGUGUGUAACAGCCCUAUGAAUUUAGUAAGGACUCAUAUUAUCUCCACUGGUCAAAUAAGUAAAUUGUAACAUAAAGAAACAAACAUACCCAAUAUAUUUGCUUUUCUACAAAAUGUAGAGAUAUGUAUAAGAUACAUCCUAUUUUACAGAGAAAUAUUUGGUAGCAAAUGUUAAAUGCUUUUCAUUAUAUGUAAACAACAAUCUGAAAAUAGAUAAUCAAAAUAUUAUUUUCUUAAUAUAAUGUACUAUCUUAUAUAUGGGAAUCCAAUAGGACAUCAUAGUUUCUAAAUCAGCAGAAAAGAAGUCUUACCCUGAAAAAAUAAGUGAAAAUUUCAGCAAUACAAAUACAUAUACAAAUAUGUAUAAUACAUACAUAUUAAUCAAUAUUGGUAUGCAGUACCAUGAUAGUAGUAACAAAUUUAAAUACAGAAUGUUAGAAUGAUAACCUGUAUUUUCUCUUUGAUUAUCUGGGUUCUUGCGGUUUAUUAUUUUUGUUAAAGAAAUUACUAUCUUUGUUGUUGUAUUUUAUGUUUUCUCAUUUUACCAUAUUUUACCACUAAAAGUGGCAUCAUUCAUCAUUUUAUAUCUGAAGGGUGUGGUAAUUUUGGACUUGUUUUUGGAUGGGGACAAUGCAUCCUAUAUACCUACAAAUAGGAUUUUAGUAAAAGAGCCAGGGUAUGAACAUGAUUCCCUGACUUCCAUUACAGUUUUCUUCAUAUUUAUUCAGCAUGGCCAGUAAAGCCUACAAAUGUCAUUUAGGUUUGUUGGUGUCUCACAGACCUAAAGAAGUCACUAUCUUCUUUUGGCAAGACCCAAAAAAAUGCUAUAGCAAUUUUUAAUACAGCAAUGCCUUUUGACUUAUGAGAGCCAGGUUUACCCAGAACUCUCAAUUGUUGGCUCUGGUCUUAACAUGCAGAAUAGGAUUUCCAGCAAAGGUCAAUAUAGAACUCAAGAAUGUUCUAGAAUGAUGUAUGAUAAGAAUGUAAAAUCUUAAAAUUUGGUGUGGUUUCCUGCCUUGGAAUCCUUUUUCUCUAUCCUGAAAUUUUAGGUAGCAUGAUGGAGAAUUUAGAGAAAAUUUGCUCUCCCAUUCCCUGCUGCUUCAAGUUAUUAUUUUCUAUAGUUAGGAUGUUACCAUUAGGUAGAAUGUUCUCUGCCUUUGAAUCCCAGGAAACUACUACAUUAGUGCCUUGGAAAUUUGGUAAUUACAAAUUUUAAUUCAGUGGACACCUAAAACAUAUAGUCUGCAGUCUGUGUUUUGCCUAAUAUACCACAUUGAAUCUCUAUGGAAAACUGGUUCUCUCCUCUCCUGUCCUGUCCUGUCCUCUCUUGUCCUGUCCUGUCUUCUCCUCUCCUCAUUUCCUUUAAAGUUAUGUUUAGUGAAUAUGACUAUGAAUUCCACUGGAAAAUGAAAAACACCUUUUUACAACAAAAUGUGACAAUAUUUUUGUAUGUUUGGAGAUUGAGAUUUUCAUUAGCUGAGUAACUAGAAAUGCUGACAAUAUUUUUUCUUGCUGAAUUUUUUCCCAAUAUAGAUUUCAGAAGUUGUGACUUACAUGGAAGUUCCAAUAUUUAAAAAAAAUUGACUAGCUAGAAAAUCUAUUUAAGCUUUCCUUUAACUUCCAAAAUGACAAUUUAGCAUUUAGGGUAUAAUGCUUCAAGCUUUACUAUUUGUUUGAGAUUUCUAUUACAUUUUCAAUGAUUCCAUUGCAAAUUGUUAUUUUUACUGAAUUUAUUAUUGAAAUGGGUGUUUGGACAGACUCAUAGCAAUUUCAGAAUAUUUAUCUUAUUACAAUUAUGAUUUCCUAAAACAAACCAUAAAAACUUUAUUCACAGUCAUAAAAUAGUGAUCCAAUAAUGGAAUAACCACUUCAGACCACCUUGAAACAAGACAACAUUCACGAAAACUUAGGUAAAUGUAUAAAUAGUACCUGAUAUUUAUACUAAAAAGAUAAAUUGGAUGUUAGAUAAACCAAAAUGAACAUGAUUUUGUGAUCAAAUUCAGCAAUAAGUUGAAUUCAGAAAUAUGUUUAAUUGCAUGAAAGUGCAAAUCAUCAUAUUUUCACUCAAUAGAAUGGUAGGGAAUCUUUCUUAUGUUGUAUUAUUUUUUUACUUUUUUAUCUCCCUCUUUUUUUAAAUUUUUCCCUUUCUUGUCAUUAGUUACAGAACUUGGCAAUCCCUGGGAAGCAGGACUAAGUUCUAAUCAUUAGGUCAAAUCUUUAUGAUAAUUAUUUUCUAAAAACUAAAAACACAAAAUACAUACAUACACAUACACAUAUGUGCACACACACAAAGCACAUGCCUUUUAGAAGAGUCACCAUCUUUUGUGGUUUAUGAACUGAGGAAUUAUAGUGAACUCUUCUGUCAUAUCAUUUCAUAAUUACAGUGCUAGAUUGUACCUGAUGACAUUAUUCUGGCAAACAGAGAAAUUUGUCCUAGUUUUUUGUUCUUCACAGGACAAAACUGGAAAUAUUUUUAUGAGACUUCAAGAUCAAGCAUUUGUAUUUGUAUUGUCAUGUGCAUGCACAUAUAAGAAUCACAUGCAAUUUCUGCCUCAUCAAUUUUAUAUGUUCGCAUUGUCACUGAAAAGUGUACCCAUUGUUUAUAGCUCCCAAGGAGAACCUGAAUACAUUUUUUUAAGUUGGAAAACUAUUUUUAGUAUUUGGGAGUGAUAGCAUAAGAAAAUACUCUAAAGAAAAAGAAUUAUUAUAUCAAAUAAAAAGGAAUAUAACUGUCAUGAUUUAAUUACUGUCUAGUCUUUUUAAAUAUCAUCUCCUGUUUUACCUAUUUAAAUUAAAUGCUUUAGAAAACA